UGUGAAAAAAGGUAAAUUUUAGAAAUUUCAAGCAACUGGAAAUCAAAGAUUAUAUUAAUGGAUUUUUAAAAAGAUAUUGUUUAAUAAAGUACAUACGAAAUACGGCACUGAUUUUCAUUAAAGGUGUUAAUUUUUUUUGGCUGUGGGCAAGCGCAGAUGUGCAUGAAAGUUUGUUACUCCUGUUUCUAAGCGCAAGAAGAAAACAGUGAAAUAUUAAAUAUGUUUUAACUUAGUCCAUGCUUCGUGCAAGUAAGGUCGCAUUCACGGUGAUCCAUGCAUGCUAGUUUCAAUUAAGGAGGAAAAAAUAUGUAUACUAUUUCUAAUAGACCGUACAAAUUAAUAGCUAAUACAAGACGAGGCAUUGCACAAAAAGUUGAUCCACUUGAAACUUCGACUAAUAAUCGCGAAUUCGUAAAAUGUGGAAAUCACACUGAUAUGAAUUUGCCAAAGCCUGUUUUCAGUCAUCAAGUGAAUGGUAAGAAAACACAAAUUCAGAAAGUCAAACAAGAAAAUUUUCCCCCACAAUAUGAUGAAUUAAUCAAAUAUAUUCAAGAUACAUGGACUGGUGUAGUGAAGGAGUAUGAUACAUCAAAACAAUCACCUGAUAACAAAGUGCCUAAAGUUGUCUUCUAUCAAGACACCAGUUCAAGUUCGCAUCUUGCUAACUUUAAACCAUUUGAUCUGGAGUCAUUUUGGGGUGAAAGAUUUCUUCGAAAGAUUAAACUAACUUCAUAAGUAAUAAAAUUGUAGUCAAUUGAAAGACAGUACUAGUGAGAUAGUGUGAAUUUGUUGUGAAUUUAGAAGAAAUAUAAAUUAAAGGAGUGCAAUGAAAUGUUUCGCAUUCCACCUCAACCUGCUCCCAGUGAACAUUGCAUCAUGGGGAAACUGUAGUUCCAUAAUUCCUUCACGCUGUUUUAGGCUUGGUGGACAAGCAUCGAACAUUUAUUUCCAUUAUUCAUCCAAACAUUAAAACAGACUGGUUUAUCUUUUCAUUGGAAGCCUACUCUUCCUUUAGCCAAUUUGUUUCAGUUUGCAUUUUGUACAAUUAUUUUACAAAAGUGUAGGAAAUAAAACUGUGAUUUUUAUGAAGGAAAUGCAUUGCAAUCUCAGCAAUAAAAUUAUAAAUGACA